AUGGCCUGCAUGGAUCCCUAUCCAGUAAUUGACGGGCGGCGUGCCAACUGUAAUCUUGCCAUCCUGGGGCGACCUGGACCAGCUGUGCCUUUUGGACCUAUAAGGCCGGUCAUGCCAUACAAUGGAGGUGCGGCGGUUCCAGGAGGCAUGUAUGUACCAAGCCCAACAUAUCAGCAAUCCCCCUACAACUACUCGCAGGCUCUUGUGUACCCCCCUUAUGGGCCAUCAACAUAUGGACCCGAAUACUUGUAUCCACAGAAUGCCUAUGGUCCAUAUGUUGGACAACAGUAUGUCCCGGUGUAUGGUGGUCCCAGAACAGUAGGGCCAGCGGUUUACCCGUAUGGGCAGUUCGGCCAACCUGUACCAAGUGAUCAUUCUUAUUCACCUGGCUAUGUGCCAGGUCACCUUCUCCCACUAUCUAAUCAAAAUGCUGCAAAUGCGCGUGCAUCAGCGGGAGCUCCACACCCUCAGCAACAGCUCUUGCUCCCUGCUCGUGUGCAACAGUUCCCACCAAACAACGUCUCCGAACAAAUGUCGGGAUGA